UUGCUCGAGUAAGCACCUGGCAACAGCUCCAAUGGCUUCCCAGCUAUCCUCCCUCGCUGCAUCCGCAGGCCUGUGCUUGCUUUCAGCUCUUGCCAUGGCCUUGCUGGUGGUGACGCUCUACAUCUUCGGUGUUGUUGCAUGCUUCGCCGUCUUCUGCGUCAAUGAGUUUGCCCAGAGAGACCAGGGCCGGCCGCCACUCAUCGGGACCGUGCUCCGGCAGCUCAAGAACUUUGACAGGUUGUUCGACGAGCAUGUGAAGUAUGCGCUGGCGCAUCGCACCUGCAGGCUGGUGUACCCUGGGCACAGCGAGAUGUUCACCUCUGACCCAGCCGUCAUUGAGCAUGUCCUCAAGACCAGCUUCAGUAAAUACAGUAAGGGGGACUUCAAUAUUAGAAUUAUGAAGGAUCUCUUCGGGGAUGGAAUUUUUGCAACGGAUGGGGAGAAGUGGAGGCACCAGAGGAAGCUGGCAAGCCAUGUAUUCUCAACCAAAGUGCUACGUGAAUUCAGCAGUGUUGUGUUCAGAACGAAUGCUACAAAAUUGGCAGAUAAGAUAUCAUCUGCAGCAGCUAACAGAACUACCAUCAACAUGCAGGAGCUUUUGAUGAAAACAACUAUGGAUUCAAUCUUCAAAGUGGGAUUCGGUUUCGAGUUGAACACACUAUCUGGAUCAGAUGAAUCUAGCGUUCGGUUCAGCAAUGCAUUUGAUGAGGCAAACUCUAUUGUUUACCACCGAUAUGUUGAUCUAUUCUGGCAGCUGAAAAGGUAUUUCAAUAUCGGGUCAGAAGCCAGACUUAAAAGGAACAUUCAGAUCAUUGAUGACUUCGUGAUGAAGUUGAUACAUCAAAAGAGAGAGCAAAUGAAUGGACAAGAUAAUAAAGCCAAAGAGGACAUACUUUCAAGAUUCAUAAUAGGAAGCAAGAAGGACCCUGAGACAAUGAAUGACCGUUACCUGCGUGACAUAGUCCUCAACUUCCUGAUCGCUGGGAAAGACACGACUGGGAACACUCUCUCCUGGUUCUUCUACAUGCUCUGCAAGAACCCAGUGGUGCAGGAUAAAGUUGCCAUUGAAAUCAAGGAGUCAGUUGAGUGGGCCGAGGAAGAUAACAACACAGAAGGCUUCACGGCAAGAUUGAACGAAGGCGCUAUUGACAAAAUGCACUACCUCCACGCUUCGAUAUCUGAGACGCUCCGGCUGUAUCCUGCUGUCCCAGUGGAUGGUAAGAUGGCAGAUGAAGAUGACGUACUACCUAAUGGCUAUAGAGUGAUAAAAGGAGAUGGAAUGAACUACAUUAUUUAUGCAAUGGGGAGAAUGACAUACCUCUGGGGUGAGGAUGCCGAAGAAUUCAGGCCUGAAAGAUGGCUUGUGAACGGAGUCUUCCAGCAAGAGAGCCCUUACAAGUUUGUAUCCUUCAAUGCGGGCCCCCGAAUCUGCUUGGGGAAGGAAUUUGCAUAUAGGCAGAUGAAGAUCAUGGCUGCCACCCUGAUACACUUCUUCAGGUUCAAACUGGCAGAUGAAUCCAAGGAUCCGACAUACAAAACAAUGUUUACCCUCCACAUCGACAAAGGCCUUCAUUUGUGUGCAUACCCACGUUCAGCUUGAACUGCCAAACAAGCUACUGCAUCCUUUGUACUGUAGUGGAAAUAUGUAUAUAUCACACAACUUUUUAUUUUGCGCAAGUUAGUAGAAACUCACACCGAGUACUUACAAGCGAACAAUGAAGCAGCAAGGCAGUUGAAAGCUGAUGGAAUUCUGGAGGGCUUUUCUUGGGGCAUGCAAACUGAAGGAGCAAAGCAAGCACUAUCGCCUUGAGUUAGGGGACUAUGGCCCCAUU